AUGCCUGGAAAAUAUAAGAGUGCAUAUGCUAAAUUUAGAUGUGGUGUUGCACCUCUGAGAAUAGAAACUGGCCGAUAUGAAGGCAUUAUGGUUGACAAUAGACUAUGUUUUAAUGAGCAAUCUGGUGGUAAAUCAAUGACUGGACCUUUUACAGGCUCGGGACAAGGCAGCGGUACUGACGGUGGCAAUGGUGAUAAGUGCACUGGUCCAUCGUGUUCAGCACCCGGAAAUCAUAAUCCUGGAACUAUUGGUAAAAGUAGUGGUCAAUCAUCAUGUCCCUCGACAGAUCUGUGUGCGAAAACCUGUAAAUAUACUGUCAAGUUAGGAUCAAAGAUGGCUGACGGAUGCCCCUCAUGUGCUUGCGAAAAAACUCAAUUGUCAACGGAAAAGACUCCAAAGCAGACUUUAUGUGAUGAGGUAGUAAAAUGUAUGAUGUCAUGUACAGAAGGUUAUAAACUGCAAUCUGGUAGGGAAGGAGGAUGUCCAAUCUGUAGUUGCCAGCAACCUCCAACACCAGCCCCUACAGUAGCAACAAUGCAGAAUAUUCUGUCGUGUACAGAGAGAACCGUUCACUGCAUGAAGUCUUGUAAACAUGGAUACCACAUGUUGAGUUCUAUAAACAGCGACUGUCCACGAUGUAACUGUUUACCACCUCCGACAUCAGCACCAAGUCCUACACCUGGUAUAUAUUCUGUACUUAGACAAUGUCCGGAGACAUUACAUUGUAUGACGAGUUGUAGUAACGGAUACUCAUUAGAAGGCGGAUCGUUCGGCUGUCCAAAGUGUACAUGUAAUCAAGCUCAUGUUGUUACACUUAUGUGUACAUCGGCUCUUUCCUGUCUUAGAGGGUGUCAGCUCGGAUACAAAUAA